CAGUAGUGUGGUAUUCCGAGCACUUAUCGCCUGGUUGUGAGACGAUAGGCACUUCUUCUGUCGAAUUGAUCUUGAGUGGGGAGCCCAUGCGACUUGCCUGUGCGCGAGUUUUUUCCUCUCAUUCAGUCAGUUGUGCGAUCGCGAUCGUUGUGAUUCAACCAGGCGAGGCAUUUAUGAAAUUCCCCCCCGUUCAAGCUUAUUUAGUCAGUGUGUGAUUGUAAGAAAAAAAAAUGCGCGGAACAGCGGAUUCGGGUGGGAACAGCUUCAAGACUGGCGUGAUUGACUUCACGGCAGGAUCUCUAGGUGGUGUGGCCUUGGUGUAUGUCAGCCAGCCCCUGGAUACGUGCAAGGUGAAGAUGCAAACCUUCCCCACGUUGUACCGUGGCAUGGUGCACUGCCUGAUUGAGACAUUCCGCAAGGAUGGCAUCUGGAGGGGUCUCUAUGCUGGCUCCAUUCCAGCUGUUGUGGCUAAUGUGGCAGAAAAUUCAGUAUUAUUCGCAGGCUAUGGAGCUUGUCAGAAACUCGUGGCUGCUGUAGAGAAGAAAGAUAGCAUCAAGGAUUUAUCUCUCUUUGGAAAUGCCACAGCGGGCUUCCUGGCGGCUUUCUUCUCAUCCUUCACCCUCUGCCCCACUGAACUGGUCAAGUGCAAACUUCAGGCACUCCGGGAGAUGCAUAAUCAAAAAAAGGCGACGCAACCUGAUGCCAAGUUAUCGCACAUUACGCCAUUUAAACUCACACGUGAAAUUCUCAGGAAGGAAGGCAUUCCGGGAUUAUUUAGAGGUCUCGCACCUACCUUUGCCCGUGAGAUGCCCGGCUACUUCUUCUUCUUCGGCGGCUACGAAGGUGCCCGGAUGGCACUGGCAGCUCCGGGACAGUCAAAAGAUGACAUUGGACCACUCCGUACCAUGGCAGCUGGAGCAUUUGGUGGCAUUGUCCUGUGGACUGUGAUCUUCCCUGCUGACGUCAUAAAGAGUCGCAUUCAGGUUGCCAGCCUCCGGAGUAGUAUGAUGCAAGUUGGGCUGCAAAUCUACAGAACUGAGGGCUUCCUGGCCCUCUACAAUGGCCUUCUCCCCUCUGUUCUUCGUACAAUUCCCGCCACGGCGGUUCUCUUCCUCGUGUACGAGUAUUCAAAGAAGCUAAUGAUGGAGAUUUUCUAAUAUUAAAUUACCUAAUUGUUUAUUUUGUUAUCUA